UACACAGUUGACACUUGACUAAAACAUUGACACAGAACUCAAGGAAACUCUCCUCACUUCAUCAGAUCCAACCACACUCUGAAUUCAGUGAUUCACUAUUCAUUGCUCCGCGCAAAAAUGCCGCGAAGUUCUCCACUACUACCAUCCUCCGACAACCACCCUUACUCAAAAUCCGAAAAGACCAAAAAACCCUUCCUCUCAUCCCCUCACACUUCCCGUACUCCCUUACCCUUAAUCGUCUUUUCCACAUUCUGCCUCCUCAUCGGAAUCUCCGGCACUAUUUUCUCUCUCCUCUCUCUCUCCCGCAACCAAUCUACUCCCGUCUUCCGCUGCGGCCGCGUACACGACACUUUCCGUGGACACUAUUUAUCAACGUCUCACAAUCAACGAUCUUCAAAUAUCAAUGGUGUUGCUGGAAAUUCUCUUGAUCGCCCCAAAUUUCUAGGGUUUGUUGGUAUUUUGACUGAGAUUGACUCCGUUGACCGACGUAAUGCGUUGAGGAGUACUUGGUUUCCUUCUGAUCCUCAAGGUCUUUUAAGGUUGGAACAUGCUACUGGUUUAGCCUUUAGAUUUGUGAUUGGCCGGUCAAAAGAUGCUAAAAAGAUGGCUCACCUGAACGAAGAGGUGGAGAAAUAUAAAGAUUUUAUGCGUAUAGACGUUGACGAAGAAUAUGCUAGUCCUCCAUACAAAACCCUGGCUUUUUUUAUAGCUGCAUUUGACCUUUUUGAAGCAGAUUACUAUGUUAAAGUCAGUGAUGACAUAUAUUUACGUCCAGACAGAUUGGCCACACUUCUAGCUAAAGAGCGAACUGAGUCUAGGACUUAUAUAGGCUGCAUGAAGAAAGGACCUGUCAUCACCGAUCCUAAAAUGAAAUGGUAUGAAAGUCAAGGACACCUUAUUGGAAAUGAAUACUUUUUGCAUGCUUAUGCUCCCUUAUAUGUUCUCUCCGCUGAGGUGGUUGCCUCAUUGGCUACUUCCAGGAAUAACAGUUUGAGAAUAUUUAGCAAUGAGGACGUAACCAUUGGCUCAUGGAUGCUUGCUAUGAAUGUUCAUCAUGAAGAUAAUCGAGCUAUAUGUGAUUCUCGUUGCACACCAACAUCGAUCGGGGUGUGGGAUAUUCCAAAAUGUUCUGGUCUAUGCAAUCCAGCUGCAAGGCUAAAGGAACUUCAUGAGAGUAGUAUGUGCUCUAAAAGUCCAACGCUUCCACCGGAUGAGGAUGAUGAUAGAUAAGUCUCUCUGAGCAUCACUUGUGUUCAAUUAACUUUUACAGUUCAAUUGCGUCUUUGUUACUGUUACUUGAAAUGCAAUUGGACUGGAUAAUUGUGUGAAGGACGUGUAAAAUUUCAUAAUGUACACUAGGCAUUCUUUUCACAGGUGAUCCAUGUAUCUAGGUUAUAGUCAAUAUCACAAAGAUGUAGAAUUACUGUCAGUUAUUAGGAGAAAUAUUCUUCUGUUGUAUCAUUAUUCGAUUAUAACGCCUGCUCUUUUUGUUCAUUCAGAGCAAAACUUCUGGUUUACUGUAAUUAAAUUAAACUUCCAAGUUUCACUAUCA